AUGUCUACUUUAACCUUUGCUCAAAGUUAUAUACUUGCUUCUAAAGUAAGAUCAAAGUUAACUAAAGAAGCUGCUAAUCCAAAAUCGUCAUUAAGAAAUUUAGUGAUUCAAGCUAAUAUGUUGGAUAAUCUUAUGGAUUAUAUCACUGAAGAAACUGAAAAAAGAUCAAAAACUUCUACUGUUAAAUUUGAUGUUUCAAAACCAAGAACUAUUAAUACUACUACUUCUCGUCAGGCAAGUACUUUAGUUAAAGAAAUUGAACUUGAUGAAGAUGAUUCAGAUGAAGAUGUCGAUGAUGAUGAUUAUGAUGAAGUUAGUUCAUCUGAUGAUGAUUACUAUUACUAUUCUGAUGAAGAAGAACCAGAAGAAGAAUUAAAAGCUCUUGCCACAGAAGUUGUUAUUUCAAAUUCAUCAUCAUAUAAACAAUUACCAUAUAUUAAUUUAUCAUUAUCAAAUAUUCCAGAAGAAGAUCAAGAAGAUCAAGAUUAUACUUAUCAAUCCCAUGAAGUUCCAGAAUUAUCCCAUUCAAGAAGUUUAAGUGAAAGUGAAGAAAGUGAAGAUAGUGAAUCUGAUGAAGAACAUCCUCAUUUCUUAUUAGAACCAAGAUUUAAUCUUGAUUCUAAAAAAUCUAAACAACAUCAACAACAACAACCUUCUCAAGUUUCAAUCUUUACUUUCAAUCAUCCUACAAGUCAUCAAAGAACUCCAGCUAUUUACUCUAUAGAGUCUGUCUUUUAA